AUGGACACACUUCUGUACACGGGCAGCCCCAUCAGUUUCAUCAAAGAGAGCCAAGUACCAGCUGAUAGUGUGCAGCCAUGCGAUUUCAAUUCAUCUCCAGAAUACUUGGGAAUCAACAACAGCGAGCUAAAAAGGUUGGGAUUAGCAUCAACGAGGGCUCCAUUUACACAGCCGCAAGAACAAUUACAGUUGCAACAAAUGCAGGUCCAACAAUUGCAAGCUCCACAGUUGCAACUUCAGGCUCAAAAGUUGCUGUCAAUGCAGACUCAUCCGUUGCAACUUCCACAAAUGCAAGCUCAACCGUUGCAAUUACCACAAAUGCAGCUGCCACAGAUGCAGGCUCAACAAAUGCAACUGCCACAAUUGCGGCCACUUCAUCAACCGCGACCAGUGUUGCAGGCACAGCCACGAAAACCGCGGCAACCACGACAACCACGACAACCGCGACCUAAGUGUCCUGCAGAAGUUAUCCAAGCGAAUAAGGAGAACGAAAAAAGUCCAAGGCAAAAGACUAGGUGGGAGCCUGUUGAGGAAUACACCCCAAAACCUGUAAAUAAAGAUGACGAUUAUAUUCCAACUCCAAAGGAGGUGCUUUUGAGCAUGGAAUCUCAACAGUCAAUGCAUUUAGUUGAAAACAGCACAGAGCAGUUGGUCAGGUCUCCACCUCCUCCAGCAUCACCAGCCUUAAGUACUUCCAGUUCAAGUUCAUCUAGUUCGAGUUCGAGUUCAUCUUCCAGAAAGAAAAGGUCAACGUUGGCUUCAGAAAAUUUAAGUUUACCAUCAUUAGAAUCAUCUUCAGCGCCAAAUCCUGCAACGUUAAACACUACAAUGCAGAACUCUUCAGCGCGAAAAACUUCUACUUCGAACUCUUCAACGUCAAGCCCUUCAGCGCGAAACCUUUCAGCGCCAGAAUCGUUGACAUCGAAAUUGUCGAAUACUUCCAUGCUGAAAUUGAUUGUCUCUAAAAUUCCUAACUUAAAUGCUUCAGCGGAAUCGAAUGUUGAAACUGUGAAAGAUUCAACGUUGACAGCUUCAACAUCGAAACCUUCAACGUCGACAGCUUCAUCGUCGAGAGCCUUAACGUCGACAGCUUCAACUUCGACACCUUCAUCGUCGAGAACUUCAUCGUCGAGAACUUUAACAUCGACAGCUUCAACGUCAAGGACAAUAAUAUUGGAUGAAAAUGAUCCCUCUAUUCAGAAAGCCACGCGGCCGGUGAAAGUGACUGGAACGAAGAGGCACAAGAAAAGUAGUGAAAAAGAAGAUCCCAAAAAAUCACGAAAAGAUAAAAAAGACAAAAAGUUACUUUUAUCUUUUAUCAUUCGAAUAUUGUUGUAA